AGCGAAUUAGUUGUGUUCUGUCCAAUGACAAAGUGUCUUGUGGCUUCGAGCUUUUCCCGGAGACCCAUCCAGUAUAUCGUAUUCAUUAUUGGAGUUCCAGGAUUUCAAGACGAAGGACAGAAGGAGUGAGUGACCCAGUGGGCUGGUUGGUGUGCGGGGAGAGCAGCAGCUAUGGGUGAAAUGGAGGGCUCCUACAGGGCCAUACAGACCCCUGGCACCCGGCUGGGGGCCCAGUUCAAUGCUGGGAUCAGUACCUUGGAGCCGGGCCAGAGCCUCAGUGAUGCCUUGGGCCCCGGGGGUAGGAGCCCAGGCAGGGGACUACAGCUCCGGGUCCAGGGCCUGGACGACUCCCAGGAGUUUUACGACUUGGAGUCCAGAGCGGACGGACAGACUCUUCUUUCUGAUGUGUUCCGGAGGAGCAACCUAAUGGAGAGCGAUUACUUUGGCCUGGAGUUCCAGAACAUGCAAAUGAGCUGGGUUUGGUUGGAACCCACAAAGCUUGUUGUGAAACAAGUGAAGAGACCCAUGAACACCCUCUUCAGGCUGUCCGUGAAGUUCUUUCCCCCUGACCCUGGUCAGCUGCAGGAAGAGUACACUAGGUACCUGUUCUCCCUGCAGAUGAAGCGAGACCUGCUAGAGGGCAAGUUGAGCUGUACAGAAAACACCGCUUCCCUGCUGGCCUCACAUCUCCUUCAAUCGGAGAUAGGGGACUAUGACGACCUGGCGGACAGGGACUUCCUGAAGCUGAACAAGCUGCUGCCCAAUCAGGAGAGGAUACAGGAGAGGAUCAUGGAACUGCACUACAGACACCUUGGGCAGACUCCAGCCGACUCAGACUUUCAGGUUCUGGAGAUCGCCCGUAAACUGGAGAUGUACGGCGUCCGUUUCCACCCAGCAGCCGACCGCGAGGGAACGAGGAUCAACCUGGCCGUGGCUCACAUAGGCCUGCAGGUCUUCCAGGGUAACACCAAAAUAAACACCUUCAAUUGGUCCAAGAUCCGAAAACUGAGCUUCAAGAGGAAACGCUUCCUGAUCAAGCUAUACCCAGAGGUUCAUGGGCCUCAUCAGGAUACCCUGGAGUUUCAGAUGGUCAGUCGGGACCAGUGCAAGAUCUUCUGGAAGAAUUGUGUGGAACAUCACUCGUUCUUCCGCCUCUUGGAUCAGCCGCAGCCCAAGUCCAAAGCCAUUCUCUUUAGUAGGGGAUCGUCGUUCAGAUACAGUGGGAGGACCCAGAAGCAACUAGUGGAAUAUGUGAAGGACAGCGGAGCAAGGAGGACACCCUAUCAGAGGAGGAACAGUAAGGUGAGGAUGUCGGCUCGCUCCCUGGCCCCUGAUGUGCCAAAACAGACUUUCUCGUUCAAUGACAGCCUGCGGGCGCCAGGUUCCCCAUCCUCUGCGACCGGGUCCUUCCACUCCAUACAAGUCUUCAGCUCCCCCACACGGCUGGAGCCCCAGGCCCAGUCUCCACAGCCUCCUCCCCAGAGCCAGGCCCAGUCUACACAGAGCCAGGCCCAGUCUACACAGCCUCCUCCCCAGAGACAGGCCCAGUCUACACAGCUUCCUUCCCAGCAGCAACAGACCCAGCUCCUGCCCCCACAGCUGGCCAGGCCCUCCAGCCCCCCAGCGAAGGAGGACCCCCACAAGGCCACCGACAUCCCCCCAUGUCACCACGCCUUCUCACAAGGGUCCUCUAUGGACAGCCCCCAGCUCUCCCCGUUCAACUCCAAGAGCUCUCCCCUCUGCCUGUCCCCCUCCUUCCAGAUGUCUACGCUGAGUCUCCCGGGGGCAGGCCAGGCCCCCUCGCCCCUACAGAGCCCCAUCCUGAGUGAGGUGGGCACCAACAGGCUAGAGGAGGAGGAGGAGGGCAGGAGGAAGCGAUAUCCCACCGACAAGGCCUACUUCAUUGCCAAAGAGAUUCUAACCACAGAGAGGACCUACCUGAAAGACCUAGAAGUCAUCACAGUGUGGUUCCGCAGCGCAGUGAUCAAAGAGGACGCCAUGCCAGAGGGGCUGAUGACCCUGCUGUUCUCCAACAUCGACCCCAUUUACGAGUUCCACCGGGGGUUCCUCAAGGAGAUCGACCAGAGACUAGCUUUAUGGGAGGGGCGCUCUAACGCUCAUGUGAAGGGAGACUACCAGAGGAUUGGAGACGUCAUGCUGAGGAACAUGUGUGCUCUCAAGGAGUUCACCAACUACCUGCAGAAACAUGACGAGGUGCUGACCGAGCUGGAGAAGGCCACCAAGCGCCUGAAGAAGCUGGAGACGGUGUAUAAGGAGUUUGAGCUUCAGAAGGUGUGUUACCUGCCUCUCAACACGUUCCUGCUGAAGCCCAUCCAGCGCCUCAUGCACUACAAACUGAUCCUGGAGAGACUGUGUAAACACUACAGCCCAGACCACCACGAUCACAACAACUGCAGAGAGGCCCUGAAGGAGGUGGCAGAGAUGACCAAUCAGCUCCAGAGUAGUUUGAUCCGUCUGGAGAACUUCCAGAAGCUGUCUGAGCUCCAGAGAGACCUGAUCGGCAUCGAGAACCUCACUGCGCCCGGCAGGGAGUUCAUUCGAGAGGGUUGUCUGUACAAGCUGACUAAAAAAGGGCUUCAGCAAAGGAUGUUUUUCCUGUUCUCUGACCAGCUCCUGUACACGAGUAAAGGUGUGACGGCCACCAACCAGUUCAAGGUCCAUGGCCAGCUGCCUCUGCACGGCAUGAUCCUCAUAGUUCUGGAGGCCCCGGUGGAAGAGAGUGAGAAUGAGUGGUCUGUUCCUCACUGCUUCACCAUCUACUCUGCCCAGAGGACCAUUGUGGUGGCAGCCAGCUCGAAGGUGGAGAUGGGGAAAUGGAUAGAGGAUCUCAACAUGGCAAUAGAGAUGACCAAGAAAUCUCAGGAGAAAUCAGACCUGUUCCUGGACCCAGGGCUGUGUGAUCGCUCCAACAUGUUCUGUUCCCCAGCCGUGUCUCCAGAGCUCCCUCCUCGUUACCUGCUGGGUCAGGGCCAGAGACCCAACACCAUCACACACGUCUGCUGGUACCGCAACCAGAACCUCUCACUCACUGAUUAUCUGCGCAUGAACCAGAACCAGCUCUCAGGUUACCUCCUAAGGAAAUUCAAGAACAGCAACGGCUGGCAGAAGCUCUGGGUGGUCUUCACCAACUUCUGUCUGUUCUUUUACAAGACUCACCAGGAUGAUUUCCCGUUGGCCAGCCUCCCGUUGCUAGGUUACACCGUGAGCAGCCCGGGAGAGUCGGACAGCAUCCACAAGGAAUACGUCUUCAAACUGCACUUCAAGUCCCACGUCUAUUUCUUCCGGGCGGAGAGCGAGUAUACAUUCGAGAGAUGGAUGGAGGUGAUUAAGAGUGCGGCCAGUGCUACUGGCAGGAUGAGUCUCCUCAUACCUAAAGGUCCCCUGCAGAUGAAUGGGAACUAACUGCGCUCUUUGAUCUGAUCUACUGCGGCUUAGAAGCUUCUAUCUAAUCUGCGUCCCAAAUGGCACCCAAGGGUCAGUCCUAGAGAGCAAAGGGCUGGGCCCAAUAGACUCUGAAACAAUACUGUAUAAUACCAUCCCUCUCUCUCCCUCUCUACGGUUCUCAUUGGCAUCAUGUUAAAGUGGCACUCAUGUCUUGGAUUUAUUUGGCAGAUAAUGGCUCAGUGAAUGAUAAGGGCUCAGUGAAGUUAUUAUAUAUAUAUAUAUAUAUAUAUAUUUCAUUCUUUCCUUCUGGAAUGGUCAACCAUUGUUGUGAGAAUCUGUUGAAACAAUGUAUCAGCAGGGAACAGAGUAACAUUCUAAAUCCAGUAAUUGGAUACGUGGUUCAAGAGAGAAGGAUAUACCAGUGCUAUCACGAUCAAUAAGGAUGCUUGAGGACAUCCUGUCAAGGAUGAGUGUACGCACUCAGCCAGCUGAGAAAGGGAACUAAAGCGAGACUCAUAACCUUCUCAUGGCAGCCAGUGUAAAACAACUACAUCACAAAACAUAGUAUUGGUUUCCCACACUCGGAUUAAGUCUAGUCCUGGCCUUUAAAAAAAGCAUUUUUAAAAAUGGAAAAUCACCUUUUUGAAAGUGUUUUUUUACUCCAGAACUAGACUUAAUCUGUGUCCAGAACUAGACUUAAUCUGUGUCCAGAACUAGACUUAAUCUGUGUCCAGAACUAGACUUAAUCUGUGUCCAGAACUAGACUUAAUCUGUGUCCAGAACUAGACUUAAUCUGUGUCCAGAACUAGACUUAAUCUGUGUCCAGAACUAGACUUAAUCUGUGUCCAGAACUAGACUUAAUCUGUGUCUGGAAAACCGUUUUAUAGCGAUUUAUCCAUCAGGUUAUGUUCUGGAGAAGUUUAUACAGCGUUAAAGACUGUUGUUUCUUUUUAGCCAGUGAAAGCAUUCUGUGGACGGUCGUUGUCGAGUCUGUAUCGUGUCUGUCUACACCAAGAUACAGGUGUCGAAAGGGAACUGGUAGGUGGAGGAAGGCAGUGAUGAUAUUACGGAGGUGCAGAGCUUGUAGGAUUUAUUUGACUAGGGACUGUGGAAGUGGUAACUAGCUGGAGAACAACCUCAGAUACUAUUUCUUUAUACCACGUUUAAAAUAGCUGGACUUGAGGUAGCUCUGGUCCAGGGUGUUGUUUCUUCCACUAAGGUAUUAGUGGAGGAAUUAAUGCCUUGGACCAGAGCUCUGGUACAGCAAGAGAGGUAGGGAAGUACCCAGUGAAUGUCCUUUUUGUUUGUUCAUUGAUAAAAGGCAGAUGGUAUUGUAUGUUGAAAUGAGUUAGGAACACAAGCAGUCAAAUCUCCUUUUUUUUUAGGGUAACUUCUGUCAUAGACUUGGGAGGCAUUAUUCCGUUCUUUUGAGAAUUUUGUAGUUCUCAUUUGUUCUGUUGUCACACUGAGGUAUUAAUGGCCAUGGAGUUAAAUAAAUAAAAAAUGGAGUGUAAAACACACAAUUCUGUAAAGGUACGUUUUCCAUUGAAGUGUUUCAAGGGGUCUAUAUUCAUGUGAAUAAAUGUACAAGUACUUUGUUGGUCACCGAGAGAGAAAAAACAUAUUUGUUAAUGAAGUUUUCCUGUACUAUCAAUAUGUAGUUCGAUUUUAGUUUUCAUACAUUGACAAUUGUCCAAACCUAAUUCAUAACCUGAAAUGCUGUUAAAGUCAAAUAUACUUAAAACAUUUAAUUGUUGUGUUAUUGACUUGUUAUUAGUCAGUGUUGGCCAGUUCUACUGUUAGUCUGAUUUGCUAGUCUUUACGACAGCAGGAAGUCUGAAAGGAAGGUGCUACAUUUGAUUCAUGUUUUGUUUGGCUUGCUGGGCUUGUAUAGUUACUACCAAUGUGUUCUGGAUUAUAGUUAGUUUAGUGUGUUUUUUUUGUUGUUCAUUUAACAUCGGGAUGACGAUGACCUCGUAAAAUUAAUAUGUAGUGUUAUAAUCCUAAUAUCUAUAGUCUUUUUUUUUUUUUUUUUAAGUUACGGAUUCCAUUGUAAUAUGUCGUUAAGGCUGAAGAGCUUGGAUCGGUCCCAAAUGGGAUCCUAUUCCCUAUGGGCCCUGGUCAAAAGUAGUGCACUUUUUUAAAGGGAAUCAAGGUGCCAUUUGGGACUCCUUCCACGUUUAGAAGAAGAUCUGUUGUGGUCUAACGGUCUUGCUGUAUGUAGUGGGCCUUGUGAGUAUUGUGUUUGUAAUAGGAGAUCAGGAUGUGUAUAUUCUCGAAGUGUCUCGGUGUAGAGCCGAUUUUAGGAUGAGUUAUUUUAAUUUUUUUUCUUCUUUUUUUCUUGUAAAUCGUAUGCAUAAGAGGGGAGACCUUCUCCUAGAUGAGCACUCCUACUUUAAGACACUAGAUGCAUCCGGGCCCCUGUCUGUUCGUCAUCAGAAAGCCCCCUCCCUUUCCCCCGUUACUGUCUACACAUCAUGGCAUUAUCUUUCUGUCUCCGGAGUGAUUAGGGGCCAGUGAGGUGUAAGUCCUGUCAUCUUCCCACGUUGGACUGGAAUGAAUCACAAUGUUUAGGGCGCACCUGUAUCUCAUCCCUGUGUGUGUGUGUCCCAAAUGGCACUCUAUUCCUUAUAUAGUGCACUACUCUUGACCAGGACCCAUAGGGAAUAGGGUGCCAUUUUGAGAUGCAUCUCUGAUCUACAGGGGGGCGGCAGCAGCACCACCUCCUUUCUCAGUUCAUCGCUCCAUUUUCAGGUGUGCUAACCAACCAAGGCCUCACUGCCCCCUUUCCCAGUUCAUCUCUCUGUGUUCAGGUGUGCUAACCAACCAAGGCCUCACUGCCCCCUUUCCCAGUUCAUCUCUCUGUGUUCAGAUGUGCUAACCAACCAAGGCCUCACUGCCCCCUUUCCCAGUUCAUCUCUCUGUGUUCAGGUGUGCUAACCAACCAAGGCCUCACUGCCCCCUUUCCCAGUUCAUCUCUCUGUGUUCAGGUGUGCUAACCAACCAAGGCCUCACUGCCCCCUGUCUGCUGUUCCAGUGAGAUGUUCUUCCUAUUUAUUGUGUAGCAGCAUGUCAUUCGAGCCAUUCUUGUUCCUGUAUGUUCUGCCUCUUGUUCCUGUUAUUAUUACAUUGAUAACAAAUAAAGUUGAGCAGAUGCAAAACGACA